CAGGCCGACAGCAGAAGAAGGUCCCGAUGCAACAGCUAGGCAUCAACAUGCCGACUGCUGUGAUUAUGGAGGAGAAUUUUGAUAAACUUUUGGAGCAGUGUGAAGCUCAGGAGAUCGAGGCUCCAGGGGGCGUCGCGACACCUCAAGUGUACGCUCAGCUGCUGUCGCUCUACCUGCUUCACAACGACAUGAACAACGGCCGGUACCUCUGGAAACGGAUCCCCCAGGCGAUCAAGUUGGCAAACCCGGAACUCCCGUCCAUCUGGGCCGUCGGCCAACGCAUUUGGCAGCGGGACUUUCCAGGGAUCUACACCACCAUCGCCGCCUUCCAGUGGUCCGAGAACAUCCUCCCCGUCAUGGAGGCUCUUCGAGAGAGCACGCGGCAGCGAGCGUACGGCCUGGUGGCUCAGGCCUACACCUCCAUUGCGGCGGACGACUUUGCCUCCUUCGUGGGCUACUCUGUGGAGGAGGCCGUGAAGGGCGUGGUGACCCAGGGCUGGCAGGCCGACCCGGCCACCAGGAUGGUGAUGCCCAAGAAGCCCGACCCUCCUCCCGUCUCUCUGGUUCCAAACGAGCAGCAGUUGGCCAGACUCACCGACUACGUGGCUUUUCUCGAGAACUGACGACCCACCACUCCACCGCCCGCUUUCUUUUUCCUCCUCUCUCUUCUGCCUCGGGGCGGGGGAGGGGCGGGGGUACACGUUUGGAUGGACUCUCCCGGAUAGAGACGUACCAAAAAAGAACACGCCACCCAUCAUCCUUCGUGAGCGCGGCGCGCUCCGCUCCAGGACGGCCUGUUGGCUCAUACGCUGACAUUGUUGUAUUAUAUCCUAUUUUUUUUAUUUUCUUUCGCUCUCACCUGAUGUAUAGAUUUGGUGUCUUGAUUUUUAAAGGACCGAUAUGUUUCUCAGUGUUUUUGAGUUGCUGACGGACCCUUUUCUUCCCAGGGUUAGGGUGAAUACACGAGCUCGUAUGUUUCCGGAGUUACAAGCAUUGGACCUCAGGGUCUGAAGGUUAUGUUUGGACUAGUGAAUAAAUGUUUUUGCUGCUUCUAA